AUGCACCACUCUCAGCUGGCCCCGCUGCCGAAUGACUUGCCGUUUCGCAUCGUUUCCAAAACAAUUGGUCAGGGUGCUUACGCUUGCAUCAAGAAGGCCGUCCCCACCUACACAGACAAUCCCGUUUUCGCAGUCAAGUUCAUCCAUAAAGAGUACGCCGCCCGUCAUGGAAAGGUCAGCCCGCGUCAGCUACAAAUGGAGGCGACAGUCCACAAGCAUAUCGGGGAUCAUAACAAUAUAAUCUCAUUCUUCCAAACUGGGGAAGAUGACAUCUGGCGUUGGAUCGCGAUGGAGUUGGCCGAGGGUGGUGAUCUGUUCGACAAGAUCGAGGCUGACGAGGGUGUUGGCGAGGACAUCGCGCAUGUAUACUUCUCGCAACUGAUAAGUGCCGUGGGUUAUAUGCAUUCGAAGGGCGUGGGUCACCGCGACAUCAAGCCGGAAAAUAUGCUGUUGACAGCCGACGGGAACCUGAAAAUCGCAGACUUUGGGCUAGCCACGUUAUUCGAGUACAAGGGCGUGACGAAAUUGUCUACAACUUUUUGUGGGAGUCCUCCAUAUAUUGCACCCGAGGUGAUAUCUUGCAGUAGCAAACAUAUGAUGAAAGGUGCAGGCUACCGACCGGACCUAGUGGACAUCUGGUCCUGCGGAAUCGUCCUGUUUGUCCUCUUGGCUGGAAACACCCCGUGGGAUAGUCCGACAGAGACCAGUUACGAAUUUCAGGAAUACAUCGCAACAAAUGGACGCACAUCUGAUGAGCUUUGGCAGCAAUUGCCUAUAGAGACUCUUUCGCUACUACGUGGAAUGCUGAACAUCGACCCCUCUAACCGCUUUUCCCUGGAGGACGUUCGGAGACAUCCCUGGUAUACCCGACCGAACAAAUACCUAUCCCGAAAUGGCACAUUAAGGGAUCCGAUCAACUUAGCUACAACCAUGUUUGAGUCACUCCAUAUCGACUUUUCCCAAGAUCCUUUCGCUCAACCCCAUGGGGGUAGUUUUGGUGGGGGUCGAAUGGAUAUCGAUCUGGGUGAUGGGAUUGAUGCUGAACAAAGGAUUUCAUCAACGCAGCCGGAGAUGCCGAGGACUGAUAUGCUGGUCGACUGGGAUACCCCGCAAGUGGCGGAUGCGUUCUCAUCAACACAACCCCUGGGGCGACCGUUCUCUGCCGACGACAUGUCGGCCCUCGACCAUCUAGAGGAUGAGCCGUCAAUGUCACAAUUCUCGCCUCAUCCGUCCGUACCCCUGAGUCGGACGCAGAAAGCGCAGCGAUUCCAUGAUAUCGUGCCUUCUCGUCCCAUGACACGAUUCUUCUCUACGUGGGAGCUUAAGAUUCUAGUGCCUCUAAUCUGCGAGGCUUUGCAUCGUUUAGGGGUUCCGGUUCCUGCGGUUCCCGCCGUUUCCGCAGGGGACACUUCCGCAAUGCUUCGUAUCGUAACUCGGGAUGGGAGGAUGUGCACUUUGCAGGGUAAAGUCUUGAUCGAAUGUGUCUCCGAGGGCCUAUUCGAGAUUGAGUUUAUGAAGGUGAAGGGCGAUCCGCUGGAAUGGCGGCGUUUCUUCAAAAAGGUGGCCGUGCUUUGCAAGGACGCCGUCUACAAGCCUGACUGCUAG